UUUGAACAAUGGAGCAUUCACUGUAUGAUGUAGUGGAGCUCAUUCUGCGCAUAAUAAAGACUGGACUCUGCUGCUGGUUAUGUAUCUGCUGCCAUGAGACCUGCGCCGCCUAAAAUUCAGCACAAAUCAUACGAUUCAGCUCCAUUAUAUUCUCCUCAUGAGAGGACAAUGAUCCUGAAUUUACUGGAAGUGUUUACAGUCAUCUACCUGUUCUCAUUAUUAAGGAGCUCCUGUUGGGCGGUGGACCUCAGUCUGAUGGCGGACUCCUUUGAUGAUCAGUACCUCGGGUGCACACGGCAGAUGGAGAGUGAGAUCCGGAAUAUUUUGGCUGAGGAGAAGAAGUACAAACCAUUUUCUGUGAUGUGGUUUUUGGCAGAGCAGACGUGGGUGAGGAUAAAGCCGUACAGUGUCUUCCCGCCGGACUUUAGGGAUGAGUAUGGGAUAGCGGUGAUCCUGUACACUAAGGAGAGCCCCUACCCCAUAUAUAAGGAGCUGAACCGCAACGUCUCCAUCGCCGGCCGCUCCCGGGACCACUACAUGGACGGGUUCCACUUCAAGGCUCUCCACUACUAUCUCACCAGGGCCAUGCAGGUGUUGGGUGGUGGCCCCAGAUGUGAGGAGAGGUCCCAGGUGUACCGGGGGUCCUGGAUGACGUACAAGAACAUGUCCUCUGACGUCCGCUUCGGCCAUUUCGCGUCAUCAUCUCUAAACCAGAAAACGUCGCAGAGGUUCGGAACCAGAACCCAGUUCACCAUCUUCAGCUGCUUCGGGGUGAACAUCGACACCUUCUCCGACUUCAAAGAGGAAGAAGUCCUGAUCCCCAUAACUGAGAUGUUCUACGCCAUAAAAAAGUCCGACAACUCGUAUGUCCUGCGGAGCACGGGGCAGCACUGCAGCUACUACAACUGUGCCUACCUGGGAGGUGAAAAGCGAAAAAAUCCCAUCUGCAGCUCCGCCACAGGAAUUCUUCAUUUAUCCAAAUCUAGAAGAUUCCUCCCUGUCCAUGAAUUGUUCUUUAUACUUUACUUCUGGAUCAGUAAUUUAGAUUAAGGAUCUUCUUACUGCAGCCGAUCCCCACAGACCUCAGAUCCAUCUACAGAUCCCCACAGACCUCAGAUCCAUCUACAGAUCCCCACAGACCUCAGAUCCAUCUACAGAUCCCCACAGACCUC